UCUAAAGACCAGCUGAUUCCUAAAAACAUGAAUGUCAUCCUCUCCAGAGAUACCCAAGUGAAGAUAAUGGAGAAUACAGUCUCCAAUGCAGAGAAAUACUUUGGCAAAUUCUGCACCCUGAUGGCCGCUUACACCCGCAAGACUGCAAAGCUCCGGGACAAGGCAGACCUGCUGGUCAAACAGCUCCUGGACUAUGGAAACACGGAGAAUCCUGAGUUGCGAAGCUGCGUGAAGAACUUUGCUGAGGAGCUGGCCAAAGUGCAGGACUACAGGCAAGCCGAGGUGGAAAGACUGGAGAUGAAGGUUGUUGAACCUCUGAAGGUAUAUGGGGUCCUCAUCAAGCAAACCAAGGCCGAUAUUAAGAAAUUCAACAAUGCCCGAAAAAACGAAAUAAAGCAACUGGAGAAGCUAGAGCGGAUCCGUCAGAACUCGCCAUCUGACCGACACAUGAUUUCACAGGCUGAAUCUCAAGUACACAAAGCCUCCGUUGAUGCAAGUCGAUCCACUCAGCAACUCGAAGAAACCAUUGAUGAGUUUCAGAAGCAGAAACUAAAAGAUAUUCAGAAAAUCUUCCUGGAUUUUGUCAGCAUCGAGAUGGUCUUCCAUGCAAAAGCCCUGGAGGUCUACUCUAGUGCAUUCCAAAAUCUUGAAAACUAUGACAUGGAGAAAGAUCUGGAGGAUUUCAGAGCAAAAAUACACAUCGCUUCCGGAACCUUCCACGAAGCAAGACCAGUCACUGCAACAAACCCAACUUCUACCCUCCCAUGGUCCACAGGCACACAGAGCAUCCAAAGCACUCUUCAGAAGUUGGCCCUAGUGGAGAGUGACGAAGAAUCUGAAGGGAGCCAGCUGCAAAAUUUAAGCCACCCUAAAUACACCCAGAUCCAGAAGGUAACCAGCAGAACCACAGGACAGCAUCCGCCUUGAGCAAUGAUAUUGGGUUGUAUUGGUUUCUCUGCAUUCCACACCUGAGCUUUAAGCUUUCAUUUAAAUUUACUCUAGAAUUAUCAACAUCACCCCUGUCUUCCGCAAUCUUGAGAUUCACAAUAAAA